CAGAGGAAAACAAAUGUCUCUGCGUGAGAUGUCCAGAAGAGCCAGUAUGAUGUACUCUGAACAACGACUAGACGCCAGAACCGGAGUGAAGCUGACGGCAGCAGAGGAAGAGGAGUUGAAGAACAGGUGGCAGGCUGCUCUGGGACCCAGAUAUCAAGUGGUUGUGUGUCAGCUGGAGAGGUUCAGUGAGACCAGUGGUCUAGGCAUCAGCAUGGAGGCCAGGGCAGGACACCACUACCUGUGCUCGGUCUUACCUGAGGGCCCCGUCGGACAGAGCAGGAAGAUACACCCUGGAGACCAGAUACUGGAGGCGAAUGGUAUCCCUCUGAUAGGAGAGACUCACAGAGAGGUGAUCAGCGUUCUGAGAGAGCUGCCUCUGUGUGUUUGUAUGGUGUGCUGCCGCGUCGUGCACCCACAGCUACGGGACAGUGACCACGAUGAUGCUGAUGAUGAAGAUGUACAGCUCCCCCUCAAAGAGCUACUGGCUGAGUUCAAUAGCAAGUCCCAGUAUGACCAGCCCUGCUGUCUACUUCCUGGUUGUAACAACAUGGAUUGUGGGAGUCGUGGUUUUAAUAAGCCUGUGUCUCCUCCUCUGGCCAUGUGGGAGAGAGACAGUCAGGUGAUAGAGCUGGUGAAGGGAGAGGAAGGCCUGGGAUUCAGCAUCCUAGACUACCAGGACCCAGAGGACGACUCUAAGACUGUCCUGGUGAUCCGCUCCCUGGUCCCCGGUGGCGUGGCCGACUCAGACGGACGCCUGCUGCCCGGUGACCGGCUCAUGUCCGUCAACGACGUGGACCUGGUCCGGUCGACGCUGGAGCGAGCCGUGCACGUCCUCAAAACCACCGGCUACGGGGUCGUGCGCAUCGGCGUCGCCAAACCGCUGCCGAUCGAGUGUUGUGUCCUGGAGUCCAUCCCAGAGUCGUCGAGGUCGUCGAGAGACGAGACCCAGUUGUUAUCGAGAGAUGAGAAGGAUACUCUCUACUCAGCUGGGAUGCUAGCCUCCUCCACACAGCAGGCGCAUGCUAACAGCUACGGCUCACAGCAGAGGAACAGCCAACCGUGCUCCACACUGAAGGACGAGAAAUCUCCGCGUCAUUGUUCCAGCGGCAACAUGGAGGACGGCGAUAAGCUCCUGGCCCCGCCCCCUUCUUUCGGCAGCCAUUUUGAGAGGACAAUCACUGUUGUCAGGGGCAACCGUAGCCUUGGCCUGACAGUGAGUGCUAUGAAGGAUGGCUCAGGGAUGUUGAUCCGGUCAGUGGUCCGUGGAGGGUCUGUCUGUCAGGACGGGAGGCUGGGAGUCGGGGACACUAUCCUGGCUGUUAACGGAGAACCCACCACCAACCUGACCAACGCUAUGUGCAGAGCCAUGCUGAGGAGACACUCUGUUAUAGGUUCAGAUAUGAGUGUGACAUUCAUCCCCUCGUUUCUGGUAGAGGAGCACCGUGCCUCCAUGGCCCAGCAGCCUCUGUCAUCCAUCAUGGUGGACGGCCCCUCACUCUGCCCCUUGACACCCUCCCCUACCCCUCCUGGAGGUCCAAGCCCUUCCCCUACCCCUCCUGGAGGUCUAACCCCUUUCCCUACCCCUCCUGGAGGUCUAACCCCUUCCCCUACCCCUCCUGGAGGUCCAACCCCUUCCCCUACCCCUCCUGGAGCUGGAGGUCCAACCCCUUCCCCUACCCCUCCUGGAGCCCCAGAUACAGCCUCAACAGUCCCAGCUCCAGCUCCAGGUCCAGCUACAGCCCCAAGGCCUCAAGGCCCUUCUCUACCCAGACCUGUAGUAUCAGCUACAAGUCCAGCUCCAGCCUCAACGCCAACCAAAGGCCCACCCAGACCCCCACCCCCAGACAAGAGUAGCCUAAUCCCACCCGUACCAAUGAAGGAGAGGAGAGGUGUGGAUGGAGUGAGAGAGGAGGAGAAGAAAGUGGAGAGGAAGCGAGAGGAGGAGGAGGAGGAGGUGAGAGAGGAAGAAGAGAGAGAGGAUGAGAUGUUGGUUUAUCCUACUAACCUCAGUUGGGCUCAACCUAGAAGGGUCAAGUUGAUGCGUUCUUCAGGCCAGUCUCUGGGCAUCAGUAUCAUGGGAGGUAGAGGGAUGGGUAGCAGGCUGAGCAGUGGAGAGGUGAUGAGAGGAGUGUUCAUUAAACACAUUACACCAGACAGCCCUGCUGGACACAACGGCACCCUGAAGACUGGAGACAGGAUACUGGAGGUAGGAGGCAUGGAUCUGAGAGAUGCCAGCCAUGAGCAGGCAGUGGAGGCCAUCCGUAGUGCUGGAGACCCUGUUGUCUUCCUGGUACAGACUGGACAACACACAUCACAGCAGUCGUCUCCUGUGCUCUCCAACCAUGAGAGACAAGCCUCAGCAUCACACAGGGACUCACCGAACAACAGGAUGCCAGAGAGUCACAGUGGUCUGUUCCUUAGUCUCUCCCCCGCCAACCCCUUCACCCCUACUCCCUUUAAGCCGACAGCCAAUAGGACGGUCAGGAGAAGCCCCACAACUGUCACUGCACCAAUCACACGGAGAGACACGGAAGACGACGGCUGGAAGAAGAUGAUGUCCAGGUAUGGAGGUCUUCCAGGUGAGCUCCAUAUGAUAGAACUAGAGAAGAGUCCCCGUGGAGUCACUAGCACCGAGGCCCCGGGACAGGGUCUGGUUCCUGGUCUGGGUCUCAGCCUGACGGAGGACAGGGAAGGUUCCAGAGCCCACCUCGGCGUCUACGUGGCCGGGGUCGACCCCCAGGGGGCGGCGGGGCGAGACGGACGGAUACGGGUGGGAGAUGAGCUACUGGAGAUCAACGGUCAGAUCCUGUAUGGACGUAGUCACCAGAACGCUACAGCCAUCCUGAACGGGGCUCCUUCUAAAGUCCAGAUUCUCCUCACCAGGAAUAAAGCCGCUCUGGCGCAGAUGACUCAAGGACCCAUGGGUGGGGACUCCUCCUCUUCCUCCCUCCAUCCCUCCAUCUCUCUCUCCUCUUUUCUCCAUCCCUCCAAUCACGUCUCUUCCUCCCAUCCCCCCAUUCCUCCCCACUCCUCCGUCGGCGCUGCCAGGAACGCCUCCUCCUCCUCCAGCAGGCGAUCUGAUUGGCCAACGGGCUCCGCUCUGACCCCUGACCUCCUGAGCUGUCCCAUAAUACCUGGCGUUGGCAGCACCAUAGAGAUCUGUAAAGGACACUUGGGCCUGGGACUCAGCAUCGUGGGGGGGUGUGACACGCUACUGGGGGCAAUAAUAAUCCAUGAGGUUAAUGAUGGAGGAGCAGCUCAGAGAGACGGGAGGCUGUGGGCUGGAGACCAGCUACUAGAGGUGAAUGGUAUAGACCUGGGCCAGGCCACCCAUGAGGAAGCUAUAGGGGUGUUGAGGCUGACCCCUCAGCGGGUGCGUCUCACGGUGUUCAGACAACAGCAGGAGUACGGGGAGGAGGACCUGUGGGAUGUCUUCCAGCUGGAGCUCAGACUACGACCUGGACAGACCUUGGGGCUCAGCACUGUAGGGAAGAGCAACGACACCGGUGUGUUUGUGUCUGAGAUCCUUGGAGGGGGUGUGGCUGACGGAGACGGACGGCUGUUUCUAGGAGACCAGAUCCUGUCAGUCAACAGAGAGGAUGUCAGAACAGCUACACAGGAACACGUUACCUCACUGUUACAGAGCUGCAGUAGUGGAACAGUGAUCCUAGAGAUCGCUCGCUUCAAAGCCGCCGGCGUUCACUACUCAGGAAGUCAGAGUGGUGACUCCGUCGGUAGUGACAGCUCCACCCUGACCCCGUCCACUGUGUAUGAGGUCCAGAGCCACCACCAGGGGGAGACAGAGAGACGCCAGAGAGGACAGGACCACUCAGUUGAAGACCACCAUGAGAUAAGGACAGUGGUGAUGCAUAAGGUGCUGACUACAGGGUCGGUGGAUGAGGACUGUGGAGGAGGACAGGGUCAGAGAGAUGUAGGGCUCCCCUCCACAGGAUCAGCUACCCUACACAACAACAUGAGUCCCCAGUUUUAUAGAACCAUCAGUCUGGACAGAGGAGCUCUGGGUCUAGGCUUCAGUAUAGUAGGAGGGUUCAGCAGUCCCCACGGAGACCUGCCCAUCUACGUCAAAACUGUCUUCGGAAAGGGAGCAGCGAUUGAGGACGGCAGGCUGCAGCGCGGGGAUCAGAUCCUCGCCGUGAACGGUCACAGUCUGGAGGGGGUCACCCACGCCGGCGCCGUCGCCAUACUGAAGAGGACCAAGGGAACUGUAGUCCUCACCGUACUCUCCUGAGUGUAAGUCCUCACACAACCGCCUGUCGCCCUUUGAUGAUGUCAUCAGCAGACUACAUCAGGGUUGUGUUCAUCAGGAAACGGACAAAACAGGGAGGGACUGUCUGAACUUUUAUUUCAAUAAGAAACAUUCAUUUAUGUGUUCUGUUGCAAAACGUUUCGCUACGGUGUGUGCUAAUGAACAUGACCCUGUUUAUCUCUAGAAGGAGGUGAAGAUUCUCACAGAAGAAUGUCUUCUAUAUGUCCUCCUAGAUGUAACCGGUUCUCAUUGUAACAAAACUAUGAACCCUGUAAUACAUUUCUAUGUGUCUGUGUACAUCAAUAUGGACCUCAUCAUACCAGACUACUGACAUCACUGUCUCUCCUUCUAAAUGCACCUCAUCAUACCAAACUACUGACUACUCACAUCACUGUGUCUCCUUCUAAAUGCACCUCAUCAUACCAGACUACUGACAUCACUGUGUCUCCUUCUAAAUGCACCUCAUCAUACCAGACUACUGACAUCACUGUGUCUCCUUCUAAAUGCACCUCAUCAUACCAGACUACUGACAUCACUGUGUCUCCUUCUAAAUGCACCUCAUCAUACCAGACUACUGAUAUCACUGUGUCUCCUUCUAAAUGGACCUCAUCAUACCAGACUACUGACUACUCACAUCACUGUCUCCUUCAAAAUGCACCUCAUCAUACCAGACUACUGACAUCACUGUCUCUCCUUCUAAAUGGACCUCAUCAUACCAGACGACUGACUACUCACAUCACUGUCUCCUUCUAAAUGCACCUCAUCAUACCAGACUACUGACAUCACUGUCUCCUUCUAAAUGGACCUCAUCAUACCAGACUACUGACAUCACUGUCUCCUUCUAAAUGCACCUCAUCAUACCAGACUACUGACAUCACUGUUUCAUUCUCAAUGCACCUCAUUAUAGCAGACUACUCACAUCACUGUGUCUCCUUCUAAAUGCACCUCAUCAUACCAGACUACUGACUACUCACAUCACUGUGUCUCCUUCUAAAUGCACCUCAUCAUACCAGACUACUGACGACUCACAUCACUGUGUCUCCUUCUAAAUGGACCUCAUCAUACCAGACUACUGACGACUCACAUCACUAACUAACACACUCUAAUGACGCAAGAACAAAUGCGGCAAUAGAUGCCAAGACUCUUCUCCAAUCUUUUAUAUUGGCGUUUAGGUGUAGAAUUUACAUUCAAAUUAAGAAUUCAAAAUGGGAGUCUUUUUCUCUCUCUCUCUCUCUCUCUCUCUCUCUCUCUCUCUUUCUCUCUGUUUCGUUAGUUGCUACCUGAACUACAUGAAUAGGAUGCGGUUUAUUUCUAUUUCAUUACGUAACUUUAUACUUCGAUCAUGUUCAUGAAUGUAUUAAUGUGACUGUUAUUUAACCAUUUAUUUAUUCUGUUUUAUAUGUUGCCUGUAGGAAGGCGUACUAACCUGUACUUUUGUUUUAUUAUUCAAUAUGAAUGUAAUUUAGAAAGAAACUAUUAAAGUUUUACGAGAUGAAUUUUCUACAGUAUAGAUAGAAUAUUGGUAUUUUAAGCUCUUCGGCUGCUAAUACUGAAUACUGAAUGUAUUGUAGUUUACUGAUAUACUGCCAGCUUACUAUAGCUACAGCUAUUACUAAUACUAUAUACAGGCUGGACGACAACGUGCCGCGUGCAUCGAUGAGGCAGUAGGCCACGUGGUGUUAUGAUUCUGAACGUUCCGAUACCUAGCAACAAUGACAACAAGCCGCCACGUGGUGUUAUGAUUCUGAACGUUCCGAUACCUAGCAACAAUGACAACAAGCCGCCACGUGGUGUUAUGAUUCUGAACGUUCCGAUACCUAGCAACAAUGACAACAAGCCGCCACGUGGUGUUAUGAUUCUGAACGUUCCGAUACCUAGCAACAAUGACAACAAGCCGCCACGUGGGGAAUCGUAGGUGGCUCGUUUCAGCUCGUUCUAUCUCGUUGUUGAUACCAUGUCUUGUUUUGAGGUGUUUUGACUCAUUUCACGUUUGUGCUAAUAUAGCAAAACAUCAUCUAGCUAGCUAACCAAUAACUGUAAGAAUGUAUUUGUGACAACAAUUGCUCAUUGUGUAAAUGUAUUUAUGUUUUCAAUAAAAAUAUAGUUUACAACAACA